AUGCAUAACAAAAUAUUGCGGAAAUUCGUUCAUUCGGCGGAUGGCACGAAAAUUUAUGCAGAUGCAGUAGGCGAUUCCGCUCAUCCGGCAUUGGUAUUCGUGCAUGGGUUCUCGUCUAGUGCUGCUGUCUUUGAUGACAUAUUCUCGAAUCCUGAUAAUUCGAAGGAAUUCUACUUGGCGAGUACUAAUGAGGACCUUAUUGAAUUAAACUCAGUUCGUUAUGAUGUGCGAGGAUUCGGGAGGAGUGGAAAGUCAAGCGAGCCUGAAGGACAUGCGUCUCAGAGAUAUGCGGAAGAAGUCAAAGCUAUUCUUCAGGCGUUUAAUGUCAAGAAGCCGAUUUUCGUUGCCUGGAGUAUGGGUGGAAGAAUCAUGGCAGAUAUCGCUUCAUACCUUCCCCCAAACACAUUCCUCGGUGUGGUAUGCUUAGCUGGCUCGCCCUACUCGAACGAACAAAUGCGAGACACUUCAACCGCUGCAAUGAAGUCGCUCGUCCAAGGUCUUCUCACCAAUACCGAUGUGCUUGCUGAGCAGCAGGCAGUCGUUGCAGCAAAUAGGCUUCUAUUUCUGAGGGACCCUAAUCCGAGUUCCGACUUCCUUCGGAAGACUGCAGAGGCGAUUGCCAACGGUGCAGAUUUCCAUGAGGAGAAUCCGGACGUCUCGUAUGCGACGCGCUGUGCGCUUGUUGGGAUGGCUAUGUAUAUGUCUCCUAAGGACCGUUUCCUCGCUGUCAGUCGUCAGCAGGACAACACGAAGAUCAUCGAACUCGGGAGGAGCGGCUUUCCGUUGUUGGUCAUUUAUGGGACGCAUGAUGCGUACAUAUCCGGCGAGAAGAUGGUGGAUAUCGUUCGCCCUGUGUUUGUCAACAUGAAGGUGAAAGUGAUUGAAGGGGCUAGUCACGCUCCUUUUCUGGAGAAGCCGAAUGAAGUUAUGAAGGACAUCUUGGAUUUCGCUCGGGAUUUGACGAAGUAG